AUGUAAUACACAUACUACGCGUAAAGACAUGGCCGCAACUAAUCAUACGUUCGCGAUUCGCUUCAUUAUUAUUGAUAUGUUGCAGUAAAAUAAUAACGAAUCAUUGUUGUAGUGAAAUAGGUUCUAAUCAUAAGCCAAUGAGCCUCUGAACAAUCGUGAAAAGGAAAUAAGUGCACUGAUUUUUUCUAGCGAGAAGCCGAGUGACAAAUUUAAAAAACUUUUCGCGAAUUUGACGUUGGAGAUUACAAAAACAUGAAUUAUAAUCAGUCCAGAGGGAGAAGGGGUGAGCAUUGGAAACCGACAGUACUCGAUCCAAGUAUAGACACUACACCAAGUGCAAAUAUGCCAACAACCAUGCCAGAUCCCUACAGUUACAAUCAGCAGGUACCUAUGAACAAUGGUAUGCCAGCAGACUAUGGUUUUAAUGUACCCAACCAGGGUGUUGGACCUGGUUCACCUGCUUAUGGAUUCAAUCAACAGCCUCCUCCAGCUUAUCAACCUUCCCCUGUGCAAACAUUUACUCCCAGCGUCGCCAGGAAUGAUGGAUUUUCAACCGGAGGAGCUCAAUUUGCAACUCAGUUACUAGCAGAGCCUUUAGUUCAAAAUAUGGCUAUGUCUUAUGGAAAUGCUUUGGCCAAUUCAGGAAAACAGCAGUUCGAAAGAUUUGUGCCUAUUACAGCCCUCAGAUACUAUUUUGCAGUUGACACUGACUAUGUUUUCAUGAAACUUAUUUUACUUUUCUUCCCAUUUACACACAAGGAUUGGUCGAUAAGAUAUGAACAAGAUGGCCCAUUGCAACCACGUUAUGAAAAAAAUGCACCAGAUAUGUACAUUCCCAUGAUGGCGUUUCUUACAUAUGUGGUAGUAGCAGGUUUAGCUUUGGGUACUCAAGAAAAAUUUACUCCUGAGCAACUAGGAAUAACAGCAAGUUCUGCUUUAGCUUGGGGAGUUUUUGAAUUAAUAGUUCACAUUGCAACUCUUUACAUAAUGAGUUUAGAAACCAGUUUAAGGUAUUUAGAUCUGCUCGCUUAUUGCAGUUACAAAUACGUUGGAAUAAAUGCUGCACUUCUGGUAUCAUUGGUUUUCAAAAAAACAGGAUUCUACAUUGUAUAUUUGUAUUAUAGUCUUUCAUUAGCGUUUUUCCUGAUAAGAUCAUUGAAACUUAGAGUGAUACCAGAAGGAAACGGAUCAUAUUCUGCUCGUGGUAACAAAAGGAGACUCUAUUUUAUUUUAUUCGUUGCUGGAAUUCAACCAGUUCUUAUGUGGUGGCUUUCGUACCACCUUAUUUAAAAUUAGAUUCUUACAAUUCUCCAAUUUAUUUUUCUACAAAAGCAUUUGAGACUGUUAGUCACGGACAAUUUAAAUUAAUGAAUGUAAACGUAAAGUAAUUUAUGCAUUUGAAUAUAGAAAAAAAUUUAAUUUCUUCAAUCAGAGUGUUGUCCUUUUUUUAUUAGAAAAAAAAUUUAUAAGUAUAAAUAUUAGAUCAAUAAAAUGAACUCAAAUUUUGAGUUUUAAAAUGCCAGAAAAAAUUUCUCCGUUAUAUAAACAUGUGUUAACUUACUUAUUUUGAACGACGAAGCUUGUACAUUUUGUGAUCGUUAGCAACAUAAUUCAGCUUGGCCAAGAUUAUGCGAAACGAUUAUUCUGUGCUUUAUUAUCCAUUAAGAGCUACUUUUAACAAUAGCUUAAUCAAUAGCUAAUAAAUUUUUAAUGGUAUAAAAAAGAUUGAGUGUAAAAGUACCUAAAUGUAAGUAAAAAAUCUUGUUUAUAGACUUUUUAAAAAAAAUCACUAAAUAAAAACUUGGAUCUGUAAAUACACUCGAUGAACUUGUGAAAUUUAUCGAUGAAUUUCAGU